UGGGGGCGGUAAUGCGCUCAUAAUUUGAUAAGUGUCGUUAAACGCGAAGAAGAAGAGGUGAAAUUUGGAUUGUAUUUUUCCCCCCCAGGCUGUCUUUGAUUUUCUACCGUGCUGCCAUCGCACUCAUCUGACGUGUGAAAAGAAGAAACGUUCUCGCAGCGUCUCGAAGUGCACAUAAAACCGUCAAAGCGGACUAGUUUGGAGUUAUUGGGGUUUGCUUAGCUUGCUAGCGGGCGAACGCAAGUUAGCAACACGUCGCUAAGCUAAGAGCUAGCACUACUGCGUUAAAAUGCGUAAAGUCGCAAUGUUGAGAGAAUUAAUGAAGCAGCGGCUAAAUGCCGACGUGGAGGAAAUAUUUCAACAUUUUGACACAACGAUUUUGGAGUAUGAGGAGGAACUUCGUCGAACAAAAGAGGAGAAAGAGCGACAAGGCAAACUACUGGACGCCGUUUUAAAGUCUCACGGAGGCUUACGCCGAGCAGAUGUAGAGCAUUUGUUGGAGAAUGCAGAAGAGGUUCCCUCUGAGCAGCGGCAGCAAGAGGAGGAGGGGGAGGGGGAGGGGUGCAGCCCGCGUUGUGGCUUUAUUAGAAAGGAAGAGGAAGACAGGCGUGUGGAGCAUUCAGGUUGGGGAGCAGAUGCACGGGGCGGUGGAGACUGCUUCCAACACUCCCCCUUUGAAGAAAGAACAGCAUGAAGGUCAGUCCGCACAGCUCUGCCACCCAAGUGUGGAGGAGUUAAAUGAAGGCGAAGCUGAUGAAGAACACCGCGAAGAACCUAACAUCGCUUCCAUGGACGACACCGUGUCUUCCGAGACGCACGACGAGCCCUUCGUCUGCUCUCAGGUCGGCUUCGCCAACACGAGAAGGGAGAGACAUCCCACAGAGGCGCGCUUCAGCUGCCCGAAGUGCGGAAAGACUUUCUUCGCCCAGAGACGCCUGACCAGACACCUUUUCAUUCACUUGGGCGCCAGGGCCUUUGUGUGCCCCGUGUGUGGCAGGGCGUUCGUUCACAGCAAACAGCUGAAGAGACACAAGGGCACAGUCCAUAAUUUGUUUAUUUCGAACCAAAAGUUUUACGAAAUCAAUCUGAACUGGAGAGACCCGCGAGGACGCACAUGAGCGAGAAACUCUUCAGCUGCGGGGCGCGCGACAAACGCUUAGCUCAGAAUUAUCGAGUAAGAAAACACAAGUCUGCCACCGACAAGUGCAUGAAACUAAAUAGAUGCAUUUUUUUCCAUUAGUCUAUAGCACUUUUUGGGUCAAACAAACAUUAUUCUAGGCUUCUUAUUCACUCUCCAUAGCGUUAAUCCUGGUGAAGUUUACGGGUGAGCUGGAGCCCAUCCCAGGUGACUUUUGGGUCGCACCCUGGACUGUUUCCCUACCAGUCACGUGCACAUAUUGUUAUGACCCCCCGAGUUAUUACAGGUUGUUGUAGUCUAGCUCUGUCUGACGGUGGUGCCGUAUUGUUAUAUAUUUGAAUUGAACCACAAAAAGAUGUUGCGAUUGUUAAGGAAGCAACGGAUAGCCACGGAGCGCAAACGUCGAUGUCUCUUAGUUAAGAAAGCAGCUCAAGUGGCUUUAGGGUUGGGCAGCCAUUUCGUAAGAGACGUGCGUUUCAUUUUCAUUCAUUUUGGUUGAGGAGGUUUGAUCAAAUGGAUACAUUUAAGUAGAAUUGUGAGCCUACUCUGUGUAUGAUUCGCUAAUAAACUACAAGGCCCCAAACUGAGAAUGUAAAUAAUCACAUACAUCACUGUUAUUGUAUUUGAUUUAAAUUACAAGUCUUAAUUGCUUUAAAAGUGCUUGUUCACACGUGCACAUUGAAAAGUUAACUGCUGAGCCAGUUUGAGUGCUGUUGCUAACCAAAAGAGCAGCACAUGCGGAGGUUUUGCCAUGCGUUGUAAAUUAGUUCCCUGCAUAAUAUUAAGAUGUCAUAUCAAGGCUCGAUGUUUUGCUAAUCAUUUCUUCAUUUGAGGAGCAGCUUUCAAAUUUUUUUUUGCAGGUUGACAACCGGCACCCGAAGCAAGGGUUUUAUUGAACACAAAUACGACAAUAUAAUGGAGUUGAAUUUAGGGCUGCAGCUAUUGAAUAUUUCGGUAUUCAAGUAUCCUACUGAAAAUUCGAUGGAACAGUCGAGCAUGUGGAUAAACUAUAUUUUUGCUUGUUUAAAGAGCAAUUACCAAUACAAAAGAGAAAAUUAGACCUUUCACUUAACGUAUGACUAAUUGGUUUCCAUUUUUAGAUAAUGCACCAUUUUAAUUUUGUAAAUUGACAUUGUGUAUAAAAGAAUUAAAGCAUUAGCAACUUCAGCAGCUAAUAUUUUAGCAUUUUAUGACAGAAUCAGAAUCAGAAUCAUCUUUAUUUACCAAGUAUGUCCACAAAACACACAAGGAAUUUGGGACAGAGAAAACUUUUGUGACAUAAAGACUGAUUAAAAAAAAAAAAACGAAAACCAAAAACAAUAUUAGAGCGGGCGUAACCGAGGCGACGAUGAGCAAUUACAAAAGACUAUUCUUUGUGCAAGUGUUAAAUUUGUUCCAACUAAAAUGAAGGAACCUCGAGAGAAAACCAAGCCAAAAUCCUCCUGUUUGGGUACAUGAUUAAUUUGGCUUGUAUUCCUCUCUGGCCACAUUUGUACCCGUCACCUUCAUGAUAAACAAGUCCCACAUUUAACGGUACUCAUAAUUAACAGCAAGAAUGUGACGUUAGUAAAUGAGAGUUGAUCUCACUGUUAAUUUCACCUUCGUCUCUCAGAUCCCACGACGCGGCGGGUUUGUCAGAGUGAAAGGUCUGUGUUCUAAGGUCUUGCAUUUUCCCUAGGAAAUACUCUCAUCACAGUUGAGCCAUUUUCAGUUUGGCGCCGCGUCCCAUCUUGCAACUGCUGUGUUGCUGCUCCUGCGACCGAAUCGCUUCACUUCCGCAUCCUGCUUCACACGCGUUGGUGACGUAAGCGCGUUGCGCCUUUGCGUUUGCAAAAUUGUUUUUUGAGGCACAAAAUGGGAAUUUGAACUCGCAAACUGUGAUGUGAGACCGCUUAAUUUGAGUCUUGCAUAUUCAUAAAUGUAAAUACUGAAUAGGCAUGUUUCAGAAAGUAAUAGUCUGUGCAUAUUUCCAGCAUAAUGGACUCAUAGAAUUAUUUUAGAAUAUGAACUAACACAUAAAUCAUGCUAAAAACAGUAGUAACAUUUGUUUUUUACUGCUGAAAUACUGCACGUAAAAUAAAAGAUUUUUGUUUUGACUUGUGAGCAAAAACCUGAGAUACAAGUGCUGUAUGGUGCCAGUGACUAAACUCAUUUCGCAACUCGAAUUAUUCAACAAUUGUUUAAAAAAAUGGCUCCGAGCUGUUUAUUGACACUCCCAGUUAAGUUUGCUUUCAAAAUAAAAAGAAAAUUACACAUUUAAAACAACUACAUAGCCUCUGCUAGCUUAAUGCUAACAAUGGGAAACGCCAUAGAGGUGCUAACAAACAGCAUCUCAUUGGGUGUUUUAUAACUUUUAAGCAACGGAUAGCCGAACACUAACUGUGAAGUAACUAUGUAGAAAGGUGACGCAAUACUCACAGGCAUGUAUGCUUUAUCCUCUGUGAAGAAAGACUAAUAUAAGUGCGGCUUACUGAGGAAUGAGGAGUUGAUGUAUAUCCAUGCAUCCAUCCAUUUUCUGUCGCGCUUCUCCUCACGCGGGUCGCGGGCGCUCUGGAGCCCAUCCCAGCUGUCAUCGGGCAGGAGGCGGGGUACACCCUGAACGGGUUGCCAGCCAAUCGCAGGGCACAUCGAAACAAACAACCAUUCGCACUCACAGUCAUGCCUACGGGCAAUUUAGAGUCUUCAAUGAACCUAGCACGCAUGUUUUUGGGAUGUGGGAGGAAAGCGGAGUGGCCGGAGAAAAGCCACGCAGGCACGGGGAGAGCAUGCAAACUCCACACAGGCGGGGACGGGGAUUGAACCCCGGUCCUCAGAACUGUGAGGCAGACGCUCUAACCAGUCGUCCACCGUGCCGCCAGUUGAUGUAUAUGUGUAUGUCUAUUAUACUGCCCCCAGGUGGUCAGGGCGUGCACACCAGGAGUAGCACAAUGCCAAUUGAAAUGAAAGAAAGUUUAAUUUUGAAAGUUGAAUUCACUAUAUUCAAUUGGAAAAAAUGAUUUGCGAGUGUUUUGAGUGGUCAGGUCACGGAAUGACAUAAAAUAAAUAUAAAUGAAAGAAAAUAUGUAUGCUGCAUUAGUUACAUAUCAGUAUAAAAUAAAUGCAGUAUUUUUUAUUUUACAUAUUUUUGUUUAUUUCAUACUGAUGAAAUAUUGCACAUAACAAAUAUAUAUAAAUGAAUAAAAAUGCCUCAUAUAUAUAUAUAUAUAUAUAUAUGCUGUUUAUUUUGUAUGUACACAACUUCAGCAGUAGGAUUAAAAACGUGUUUAUUCUUAUUUACAUUUCUAUUAUGCUGCUAUAUUUUUAUUGUACAUAUGAAAUAAAUACUGUGUAGAUAUGUAUUUUAAUUGAUUUAAAUGUAAUUUGUGUGCAGUGUGAAAAUAUAGCGUCGUGCAGUAUGAUUUAUUUUAUCCUGCUGACGUAUUGCACAUUUUGGCAGUGUGGAAAUAAAUAUCUAAUUAAUAAUACAUUUGUACUUUUUUUCUGAUUAAAUACAAUUUUAAAAAGCAUAAAAAUGGUUUUCUCAUCGAAAAGCAACUUAAUAAAAAGUUGCGCAACAGGAGCUUUUUUUUUUUCUUUUUUUUUUCUUUUGGUCGCGAACGCGCAAAUAGGUGUUGGUUUACGUGCGCGCUCCCGUUGGAGAUGACGUCGGCUGCCAGAGCCUGUCUCAAACGUUGUGACGUGUGUUGUGGAAAUGGCCGAGGAGGGACAAACCCACAAGACAAUGUUAAGCUUUUUAACUCCGCCAAACAAACACCGCGGGUGAACGACGUCUCUCCGGCGGACACGAAGGACGGUCGCGGAGGGGGAGGGAGUUGGAAGGAACCGACGAGCGACUCGAACCGCCCCGGACCAGCGCCUUUUCUUCCCCCGGGGAGGAGGGCGCUGAGCGAGGGUUAGUGAGGGAGCCACCAUGGAGGACAUCAACUCGAAUAUAAACGCCGACUUGGAGGUGAGGAAGCUCCAGGACUUGGUGAAGCAGCUCGAGAAGCAGAACGAGCAGCUCCGGGGUCGCUCCAUGAUGAUGUCGGCGCACCACAGACCCCACAGCGCCGGCUACGAGUCCUUGUCGGCGGCGGCGGCGCUGCUAUCGGGGCGCGACAUGGCCGGCUUCGCCCAAGGGGUGGGGUUCGGCUACGGCGACCUGUUGGAGAACCGCCGCUGCCGGAGCCCGCGGCUCUCCUACGACGGCGUCAGCUUCAGGAGGCCGUACGAGAGUGAGGGCGCCUCGGCCGCCACCUCCGGGUCGGCCCGGAACUCGUGGUGCUCGGACGGCGAGUCGUCUAUCCUGGACCAGGUGGACGUCUUGGACCUGGAGGUCAUGGACUGUCUGCACGAGGACGAAGACAGCUGGCUGUACGAGGCCAAGCUGAACAGUCCCCUGCAGAAGGCGCUGAGCCCCGUCGUGUGGUGCCGCCAGGCCUUGGACAACCCCAGUCCGGACAUGGAGAUGGCCAAGCGCUCGCUCAUCCACAGGCUGGACCUCACCAUGUCUGCUAACAAGCGUCGGAGCCUCUACGGGAGCUGCUACAACCAGCAGGUGACCUACGGGAGCCCGUACAGCCCCAACGCCGCCGCCGACAGCCCCUACGGCAGCGGAUUCAACUCGCCCGGCAAGGCGCCCGUCGUCAGGCAGCAGCCGAUGCCCGUCAACGCAGCGCACCAGCGCAACGCGGCGGCGGCGGCGGCGGAAAGGAACCCGCCGGCCAUCAGCCCUCAGUCGUCGGCGGACAGCGAGCUGAGCACCUCCGAGAUGGACGAAGACUCGGUGGGCUCGUCCGCCACCUACAAGCUCAACAACGUCAACGACGUUCAGAUUCUGGCGCGGAUGCAGGAAGAGAGUCUGAGGCAGGACUACGCCGCCUCGGCCUCCCGACGCAGCUCGGGCUCGUCCUGCCACUCGCUGCGUCGCAGCGCGUUCAGCGACCAGGAGCUGGACGCGCACAGCCUGGAGGACGAGGAGGAGGAGGCGGCGCACCCGGCCUUCCGCCCGCCCUCCGGCCGCUUCGGCCCCUCGCCUCGCCACUCGCCACGCGCCUCCCCGCGGAACUCGCCGCGCUCGCGCUCCCCGGCCCGCUCCGUGGACUACGGCCGCGGCUCGCCUCAGCCCGCCGUCGGCCGCCUGCGGCGGCCGCGCCACUCGCUCCAGGGCCACGACACGCAGACCGAUGUGGUCAAGAACGAAGAAAAGCUGCGGCGUAGUCUUCCCAACCUCGCGCGCUCCAACGCGGCGCCCCCCCAAGGCCCGGAGCCCGUCAAGAACAGCCGAAGCUGCGAGUCCAACCUGCAGCUGCCAAACGGAGGAUCCCCGAGACACCAGAGCCAAUCAGCUCCAGCGCCUCAGCUCCCGAGACACUCGACCCCCAAAACCAAACGGCACCUCCAAAGCCCGACAGCGCGGCGAGUUCCGCCGUCCAGCAAGCUGCGGGCGCCGGCCGCGCCCUCGCCGCUGGCCUUGAGGCAGCCCGUCAAGGCGAGCGCCAACCCCGCCGCUGCCGCCGUGCCCGGCCGCUCCCCGAUUCCGCCCCGCAGCGGCCUGCCCCGCCCCAGCGCCCCGGCGGGUAGCGGCGGAGGCAUCCCUCUGCCUCGCAGCAAACUGGCACAGCCUGUGCGCAGAAGUCUACCGGCUCCUCGCGUCUACAGCGGCACCAGAGACAACUUGAGGGAAAGCUACUAGCUGCUUGCCCGGCAGAGGGCGCUCUAAUCAAACGGUCAAUCGUGCGAGGCGUCAGACCGCAUGGCACUUUAUUCUACCUUGAUGACUCUUAAGUCACAAUGUCCCAGGAAUAUUCCAAAAAAAAACAAAAACAAACAAACAAACCUAUAUAUAUACAGAAUUCAGAAGAGGAGGGCAUCCUCCGCAGAGGCCCGUGAGAACGCCAAAGAACAAACUCAGCCUUCUCUGCCAUGGACGCCACGCCAGAAGGCUCAUUUUUGAUUUUUCAUCCUCCUUUAAGCCUUCGCGCACGUCAGCAUCCUCUGCGAUGAUGUCGGCCAGCAACCUCGAUGAUGCCGCCAGAGAGCGAGCGUGCUGCGACGUCACACCAGACACCCAAACGAUGACAGCGUCGUGCGACCUCCGCGAUGAUGUCGGCGAGCGUCCGCCGCGGUAGCGCCAGUGCGUGGCGGUCCUAUUAAAACAAAUCUUUGCUCGUUAAAAAACAAAAAAAAAGCACUCAGAGAGAAUGCACAAGUUUAUUUAUUCAAAUUAUUGGUAGGGAUCCUCUGUUAUUUUGACACUUCAAAAGUGCUUAUGUAGCUCUUAGAGGAGCUAGCUUGUCUCCAGCGAUGACACGGGCAAGUGCUUGUUGACAAAUUCUGGGCCAGAGCACUGGAAUACUUCAUGUGCUACGUUCAAGAAAACUGGGAAAAAAAAAAGUUUAUAUUAAUCACCACUGAGCAGAGCUAAAACAUGCACAUGCGCUGAAGACUGCUGGAAGUUCUUCCUUCAACCAGGGCCUCCCCAAUAUAUAAAGAUCAGAAAACAGUCCACAAUCCAGUGUACCUCUAUCACAAUUACUACUUUCCUAUUAGCCAGCGAAUUUGCGGCACUUUAUGGUGUUACAGAAAGAGCACAAAAAUACGCCGCGAACAACAGAGGAUCCCUAAAGACGCCGCACGUCCAUAUCAGUAUUUGAUUUUACGUUUUCUAAUGUACGUUUGAACCGCAAUUUGCAUAGCUAACGCUCCAAAGCAUUUUCUACGUUUCCAAAGGCUCGACUUGCGCUUUUUUUUUUUGGGUGUCAAACGUGAAGUGCUUUGAUUCUUUCCAUUUCAGUUCAGGUCUGAAACUGCCAGGCUGAUCCAACAAUAAGUUGACAAUAGGGAAGAACUCUGGCACUGACUACUUCCUUUUAACCAUAUGACAGCCUCGAUUGUUUUACUGAUGCUGAAAUAGCGGGCAAGCUAAGCUGGCCAAAGUCGGCCAUUUUUGGCCCCCCAAAAAGUGUGAGGAGGCCUUUGGACUUUAGAACAUUUCAGCCCAAUAAAAGGGGACAUAUUAUGGAAAAUGUACUUUUUAAUGGCUUAUAUCAAGUAAGGAAGUGAAAAAGCAAUCCAUACUUAGUGGGCCCUGGCUUUUUCUUUUUUUUUUUCCAGACUGGGCAUAGUUCGUAGCUGCUCGACUCCACCCAGGUCGUCAUGGUAACAAAAUGAAUUGGCAAGGGACACGGUGAGCAGUGGCUCAUUUGCAUGAGACAAAACAGGCUUGGAAAGUGUGCUGUAAUUCUUGAUCCUAAGGAUGUUUUGACUUAAGUCACAGAUGUGUUAUUAAAACAUCUGGGAACUGUUUUAAUAUUUUUAAAAAAAAACCGAUAUGAAUAAUAUGUCCCCUUUUAAUACCCAUCGAUAUUCUCAGUGUGUCAUCCAAAGAAAGAGGAGAAUUAUCAGAAUGAUUCAAUUUGUGUGCCAGUGUUGGUGGCUCAUUUAUAAACCAGUGCCUCUGAUUUGAAGGUGUCUGUUAUCAUUUGAUUUUGGAUUUUUGGUGCCAAUUUAUGGUUUUGCCAAGGUUUUAUUCAUUUGCCUGCCUGCCUAUUUUUGUAAUGGAAAUGAAUUACAUUUAUUAUCAUUGCUUUGAGGAAGAAAAAAAAAAGUUUGACUUUGCGCCUUCAUAUUUAUAUCCAAUGUGUAAAUUCAAAGUUAUUUAUUAAAACGAGAGCAAAGGUGCCUCAGACGAAGAUGAGAAGCUGGACAGAAUGUUACAAAAAACACAAAAAAGCCCAACAGCAACCACACGUUUUGUGUGACACUUUUCUUUUUGUUAUUGGAUCUUUUUUUAAAAGUUUUUUUUCCUGUGUAAAAUCACAUUUCAAAUAAAAACUCUAAAAUCUU